AUGUGGCAGCUACUGGCCGGGAUCCUGGUGCUGAACGUGGCGCCCCUGCUCGCGACACCCCAGCAACGCGCGGCGCCCAACCCGGAUGGCGCACAGCAGGACAUUGGCAAAGAGGAGUCGGUAAACCUCAAAAUCGCGAUCCCGAACCCGAACGAGCUCGAGGUGCUGAACCUGCAGCUGAUGGAGCCGUUGCUGUACAAGGCGGUUGAGAAAGAAAUCUUCCUCGCCGGCCUGGAGGAGCCGGGCGUCGCGAGCGCGUCGCCAGAGAGACUUCAGUGGGAGCUUCAGCAGAAAAAGGUCGAGCAGGGGAUGGCGGACGCGCUGGCCUCGGUGAUGGACGAAAUCCAGGCCAACGCAAUUCUGCAACCGGAAAAUGUCGGCGCGCCCGCUCUGCCCGAGCCAAUCCGCGAGGCCGUACGACGACUGCCCCCAAUAGAUUUGGAU